AUGGUUUGUCCGGGGUUACUGUGUUCCGUUCCAGUAUUUUUAUACAGCAAAAACAGACAAUUAAAGACAAGCUUAUACUUGAUGAAUUCAACAUUAUCUGAUCAUUUGGAUGUAGAUACAGAUGAAUCUCUUCAAUCAUUUUCCCAUGCCAUUUAUCCACCACAAGCGAGAUAUGUUCGAUUGCAAAAAGUUCAAGAUCAUGACAGUUUCGGCGUUUAUAUCGAAGAAGAUAUAUCUCAUGGUUUAUAUGUUGUAACAGUUGAAAAUAAUUCCCCGGCAUUCAAUGCUCAAAUUCAACCCGGGGAUCGUAUACUAGGCGUCAAUGAUCAACGAAUUGCAAAUGUCCAAAAUCCAAAAGAGUUUAUUGUGGAAAAAGCGAUAAAUGCCAGAAGCAUUGACUUAGUUAUAUUACCAUCGAACAUAUUGCAUACAGUCUUAUCAACCAUGAUGACUAACUAUGUUGAUAAUCCAAAUAGUCAAUAUUAUGUUGAACAAACACCACCAACAUCCUAUGAUUUUCUAAUUGAUCCAAAACAUUUAAAUUCUUACUUAUAUGCGAAAAAAUAUAGUCAAAACAGUUUACAUAAUAAUUUGGAAAGAUCUGAUCAUCCACGAUCUUCCUAUUCACCAAAUAUUACAGACAGCGAUUUUAGUGAUAUACGUUUAGCUGAAUCGUCUAAUCGACAUAUCCAUUCAAAACAUAGAACGAGACAUAAGGAUCGUGCACGACAUUCUCAUUCGAAAAAAUAUAAACACACUGAAAACGCUUCUCCCGUUGAACAACAUCGCAAUGAUAUGAAUACGUCAGUAGUAAAUGCUCCUUUACACGAAAAGAAUGCCAAUCCACGACAGACUUCCCGAAAUAGUAGUAACACUAAUAAUCAUCAAACUCAACAACCAAAAAUAGAUGUUGAACGAAGAAUAACACAAAAUCCAAAUGUUCUACAACCAGCAACAUAUGACUCAGAUCUAAAAGUAUUUCCAAGAACAGACAAAAAACAAAAUACAACACACAAUCAAUUACCGCCGUCGACACUGUUAAAUGAGCAUCAAGGAAAUUUACAACAGAAAUCAAAUACAAAUGCUACUAAAUCAGCAUCGUCACACGGUAUAAAACGAACAUCAACAGAAUCCAAAACUAGACAACAACAAAAACAACGAAAUUCAACGCGCAAUCAGUCACCGCCACCAACACCAGUAAAUGAACAUCAAGGAAAUUUACAACAGAAAUCAAAUACAAAUGCUACUAAAUCAGCAUCGUCACACGGUAUAAAACGAACAUCAACAGAAUCCAAAACUAGACAACAACAAAAACAACGAAAUUCAACGCGCAAUCAGUCACCGCCGCCAACACCAGUAAAUGAACAUCAAGGAAAUUUACAACAGAAAUCAAAUACAGAUGCUACUAAAUCAGCAUCCUCACACGGUAUAAAACGAACAUCAACAGAAUCUGAAACUAGACAGCAACAAAAACAAAACAAAAAAAACCCGACUCAUCAAGAACAAUCAUCUAAUAGAGAAAAACCCUCUAGUGUAUCUCCCGCUGUAAGAAACUCGACGAUUCUAACUGAACAGUCAUCCCAACCACCACCACCAUAUACUCUCAUUGCUCCGGCAACUGAUUCACCAGAACCAUCGAACUCUCUUACAGCAAUUGCCGCUCGUCAUGCUGCCGCUAAAGAGAUAAAUCAAUCGUACGUUCCACCAGUAGAUUCACCAGCUGUUCAAAAAUCGGAUGCUGCUACUGCUCAAGGUAAUAGUAAUAGAAAUGCACAAUCGACAACUGAAAAUUCGAAAAAUCUUCCAUCAUUACCUAACCCAUCUUCAUCCACAAGCGAACAAGUGCAUCCAGGUCUACGUGAGAUCAAAUUAGAACGCGAUCCAAACUAUUCUGGUUAUGGGUUUCAUCUUCAGUAUAAUAAAAUUACUUAUCUUGUGCGUGAAGUCGAAGAAAAUAGUCCCGCUCAGCGUAGCGGUUUACGUACAAACGAUCUUAUUCGUAAAAUAAAUGGAGAAGUAACGGAUAAAAUGCCACAUAGCAAUUUUGUUAAAAUCGUCAAUGAU